CCGGCUCUGUCGGCACGGCGGCGGCCCGGCCCGGACACAAGUCAAGGCCUGGGAUGGGGCCAAGGGGGCUGCUGCAGGACCUUGAAGGGUGAAGAGAUUUUGUGCCACAGAGGCGAGGAGGCAGCGAUGCCAUGCGGGGACCCGCAGGAGCCAGGCCUGAGCCGGGGUGAUGCUGAAGAUGAUGACCUUCUUCCAAGGCCUUCCAGGCCAGCCGUCUGUGCCAGGGGCCCUUGACUUCCCCAGAAGCCCCCCGAAGGUGCCCUCCACCUCAGAGGCAGAGUCAGAAGCCUCCAUGUCGGAAGCCUCCUCCGAGGACCUGGUGCCACCCCUGGAGGCUGAGGUAGCCCCAGACAGGGACGAAGAAGAGGCCGUGAAGAAGAAGGAGAAGAAGGAGAAGAAGGAGAAGAAGAAGAAGUCGAAAGGCCUGGCCAACAUGCUUAGCGUCUUCACUAGGAAGAAGAAGGGUCAGCCCAGUUCCGCAGAGACAGAGGGCGACUCUGAGUCCCAGCCCCAGCCGGCCAGCCCGCUGCCCACAGUGGAGGAGCUCAAGGCGGACCUGGAGCGCGGACGGCUGGAGGCGGCGGGGCCGCUGCUGGCGCUGGAGCGGGAGCUGCGGGCGGCGGCGGCGGCGGGCGGCGCGCGCGAGGAGGAGCUGGUGCGGCGCCAGAGCAAGGUGGAGGCGCUGUACGUGCUGCUGCGCGACCAGGUGCUCGGCCUGCUGCGCCGGCCGCUGGAGGCGGCGCCCGAGCGGCUGCGCCAGGCGCUGGCCGUGCUGGCCGAGCAGGAGCGCGAGGACGGCGCGGCGGCCGCGGGGCCCGGGCCCCCGGCGCUGGCGGCCACGCGGCCCCGGCGCUGGCGGCAGCUGUGGCGGCGCGGCGUGGCGCAGGCGGCCGAGGAGCGCCUGGGCCGGCGGCCGGCCGCGGCGGCCGAGGGCCGCACGGAGGCCGAGCGCGCCUUCCUGCACAUGGGCCGCACCAUGAAGGAGGACCUGGAGGCCGUGGUGGAGCGGCUGAAGCCGCUGUUCCCCGCCGAGUUCCACGUGGUGGCGGCCUACGCCGAGAGCUACCACCAGCACUUCGCGGCCCAGGUGGCGGCCAUGGCGCAGUUCGAGCUGUGUGAGCGCGACACCUACAUGCUGCUGUUCUGGGUGCAGAACCUCUACCCCAAUGACGUCAUCAACAGCCCCAAGCUGGCUGCCGAGCUGCAGGGAGUCAGGCUGGGGAGCCUCCUGCCCCCCAACCAGAUCCGGCUGCUGGAGGCCACGUUCCUCUCCAAUGAGGCGGCCAGUGUGAGGGAGCUGAUGGCCCGUGCCCUGGAGCUGGAGUCAAAGCGCUGGACCCAGGAUGUGGCUCCGCAGAGGCUGGACGGCCACUGCCACAGUGAGCUGGCCAUCGACAUCAUCCAGAUCGUCUCCCAGGGCCAGGCCAAGGCCGAGAGCAUCACCCUUGACCUGGGCACACAGAUAAAGCACAUACUGCUGGUGGAGCUGGCCUCGUUCCUCAGGAGCUACCAGCGCGCCUUUGAUGAAUUUCUGGAAAGAUAUAAACAGCUGAGAAAUUACAGGGCCAAUGUCAUCGCCAACAUCAACAACUGCCUCUCCUUCCGGAUGUUCGUGGAGCAGAAGUGGCAGACACCGCAGGACCUCCCGAGCCACCUGAUGAGCCCCCUGAAAGAGCUCAAGAGUCAUGGCUUUGAUACGCUGCUCCAGAACCUGUUUGGGGACCUGAAGCCACUGUUCAAGAGGUUCACGCAGACCCGCUGGGCGGCCCCCACGCAGACCCUGGAGGAAAUCAUCUUCACCGUUGGCCAGAGGCUGCCAGAGUUCUCGGGAUUGCAGGGCUGUUUCCGGGAGGAGCUCAUGGAGGUGGUACACCUGCACCUGGUGAAGGAGUACAUCAUCCGGCUCAGCAAGCGGCGCCUGGUCCUCAAGACGGCGGAGCAGCAGCAGCAGCUGGCGGAGCACAUCCUGGCCAACGCCAGGCUCAUCCAGGACUUCUGCACUCAGAGCGGCUCCCCGGCAACCUGGCUGCACAACGCCAUCCCCACUCUCGCCGAGAUCGUUCGCCUGCAAGACCCCAGUGCCAUCAAGAUCGAGGUGGCCACGUAUGCCACCUGGUACCCUGACUUCAGCAAAGGCCACCUGAGUGCCAUCCUGGCCAUCAAGGGAAACCUGUCCAACAGUGAGGUCAAGAGCAUCCGGAGCAUCCUGGAUAUCAACACGGGGGUGCACGAGCCCUCCAAGUCCCUGUUUUCACUUAUAAAGGUUGGUUAGCUUCUUCUGCGGCCUGACCUGCUUGUGAGCGCCUGGUGAGCACCGGACGCCACCCCCUUGGGGGGCCGUUCAGACCAGCAGCAACUCCACAGCCCCCACGGCCCCUCAUGGGCAUCCUGUCUUCUGCUGCUGCUUCAGCUCAGCGCUGGCCAAGGCGCGGGCCCCGGAACUGGACCGCUGGAACUGGACAGCCCUGGCUUCUUUGCCCCUCCCGUGGGGCAGGAGCUGUGGGGAGCCGCGGAGGCCACACAUGAGGAGCUCUCUGCAGAGGACAGUGGAUAUUGCACGCACUGAAGGAGGGGCCAGGAGGGGGCGUGGCCAGGGGAGAGCUCCGGGGUCACCGCCGGACGCCGGGGUCACUGCGGGGUCCUCCCACAGGCUGCCUCAGACCUGCCCUCCUCAGCCUGGGUCUCGGCGCCGCCUCAGCUCCCUGGGCCGGGGCCCCAGCAUCACCCCUCCUGCCUCCUCUGGUCCAGGGCUGCUCUGAGCUCAGCCAGGGCAUGGAAUGCAAGGCAGAAUGGAGGAGAAAAAAGGGAAAGAUAUGCUCUUAUCUGGGGCCUGGAAAGAGGCCUGGGGGGUCACACGGCAAGCUGGGGGCAGAGUGACAUCAGAGCCCCUGCGGCUCAGCCCCUGGCCCCUGUCUGGUUCCCCACGGGCUUCCCCCGAGGAUGGGCCCGGGAGAGGCAAGGAUCUCCUGGCUUUUCUUGGGCUCCGCCUUCCCCACACGGGGACAGGCCCAGGGCUGCCUCCGCGGGGCCUUCCCUGGAAGUCAGGCUGAGGUCUGGGCAGGGCAGGCUCGACCUUUGAUGGCUUUGGCCUCUGGAUUAGUUUCCUAUUGCCACUUUAACAAAUUUCCACAAACGUAGUAGCGUAAAACAAGAAUUCAUCUUUUAGUUAGGAGCUCCGAAGUCUGAUGUGGGUCUGGUGGGCUAAAGCCAAGCCGUCCGCCGGGCUGGUUCCUUUUGGAAGCUCUGGAGAGGAAUGUCCUUGCCUUUUCCAGUUUUUAGAGGCUGGCCUCCCAUGUCUCUCUGCCUGUGGCCCCGUCCAUCUCCAAAGCCAGCAAUGGCCAGUCGAAUCCUUUCCACAUCUCAGCACUCCUCUCCUGCCUCCCUCUUCCACGUUAAGAAACCCUAACCUUUGACCCACCCAGACAAUAACCUUUGACCUCUUCCAGGAUCCUCUUCUGCUGUUAAGGUCAGCUGAUUAGCAACCUUAACUCCACCGACACCUUAACGCCUCUUUGCUGUGGAACCUAACACAGUCACGGGUCCAGGGAUGAGGACGUGGGCGUCUUUGUGGGGGGGCAUUCUGUGCUCACCACAGCCUCCCCCCGUCCCCUGCCCCGCGGGGUGCCUUGUCCUACCCCAGGAAAACAUGGGUUCAGUUACCCUCGGCCUCUGCUUACCCCAGAGCCGCUCGGCACAGGGUCAGAUCAGCCUUAGGCCGACUCCACUUCGCCUGUGCCUCUGGGGACUCCGUGACGGGGUUUGCAGCCAGCUCUCUUGGGUUUUUCUCCCUCUUUCCAGGUACUGUGGCCAGAAACUGGCCUGUGUAAAUGGUGCACAAAGGCCUUUGUACAUUUGCAGGAGUUAGCAUGUUUGAUGUUAUUAUUUUUUUAAUUGUACUGCUGUUAUAUGUGUUUUUGUAGAAAAAGAUCUUGGUU